UAUUUUUGACGCCGGCUGUUUUACUUGACGAGUCCGAUGUGAAUGCCUCCAUAGGAUGUAUUCGCGCUCAGUGUGAAAGGACCUUUGUUAGUGUACCUGGAUCCUCCUGAUUGGCUUAUUCUAAGCAGAUAUUCAGAUUCCUGGGGCCUUUUCCCCUCACUCAGAGAAAGCAACAUGGAGACAGCAGGGAAAGUUAUCAAAUGCAAGGCGGCUAUUGCCUGGGAAGCUAAGAAACCCCUGUCUGUGGAGGAGGUGGAGGUGGCACCACCGAAGGCUCAUGAAGUUCGCAUUAAGAUCAUUGCUACUGGAGUGUGUCACACAGAUGCUUACACUCUGAGCGGAGCUGAUCCUGAGGGUCUCUUCCCUGUGAUUCUGGGACAUGAAGGAGCUGGAAUUGUGGAGAGUGUUGGUGAGGGAGUGACCAAAUUUAAACCAGGGGACAAAGUGAUCCCUCUAUACAUUCCACAAUGUGGAGAGUGCAAGUUCUGCAAGAAUCCCAAGACCAACCUGUGUCAAAAGAUCAGGAUUACCCAGGGUCAAGGUUUGAUGCCUGAUAAGACGUCCAGGUUUACCUGCAAGGGGAAGUCCAUCUACCACUUCAUGGGGACCAGCACUUUCUCCGAGUACACUGUAGUGGCUGAUAUCUCAGUGGCCAAGGUGGAUGACUCUGCCCCACUUGACAAAGUCUGCCUGCUCGGCUGUGGCAUUUCCACUGGGUACGGAGCUGCACUCAACACCGCCAAGGUUGAACCAGGCUCUACCUGCGCUGUGUUUGGUCUGGGAGCAGUGGGUUUGGCUACCAUAAUGGGAUGUAAGGCAGCAGGAGCCUCUCGGAUCAUUGCAGUCGAUAUCAAUAAAGACAAGUUUGAGAAGGCAAAGGAGUUUGGAGCCACAGAGUGCGUUAACCCCCAGGAUCACAGCAAACCUGUCCAGGAGGUGCUGGUUGAAAUGACGGACGGAGGGGUGGACUAUUCAUUUGAGUGCAUCGGCAACGUCGGGGUUAUGAGGUCUGCCCUGGAGGCGUGUCACAAAGGCUGGGGAACUAGUGUUAUCAUUGGUGUGGCAGCAUCGGGACAAGAGAUCUCAACCCGUCCUUUCCAGCUGGUCACAGGACGCACAUGGAAGGGAACUGCCUUUGGAGGGUUUAAGAGUGUGGAGAGCGUACCGAAGCUGGUGGCUGAUUACAUGGCAAAGAAAAUAAAGGUGGAUGAGUUCAUCACCCACACUCUGCCCUUUGAUAAAGUAAAUGAGGGGUUUGACCUGAUGCAUGCUGGAAAAAGCAUCCGAUCGGUUUUGACGUUUUGAUUUCCCUGCCAGUGGCCACGAGUACAGUUGCCUUCUCAUGUUCCAGCUUGUUUUAAAUAUUUUGCAAUAAUGAACUGCCCUAAUCCAAACAGCACUUAAUAACAGAUCCUGUUUCUUACACUGAUUGGUCACUAUUUCACAUCAGCAAUUUUCUUGGAUUGUGGGAGUUGUUAUAGAAAAAUCUGAACUUUUGCUGCAACCUGUCUGAAUUAGUAAAUUGUAUUAAAUUACCACACUUGGAGGUUUAGCAUUCUCUAAAGAUGGCUUUUCAAUUCUCCUAAGGUUGUCAUGUUGUUGUCUUCUGACAUGUAUUCUUUCUGCAUGUCUAUUACCAGCAUCACUGUUAGUAGCAGUUAAUUAAUGCUACCAGGGUUUACUUGACAAAAGGGUUAGAAUUAUUUAUUUUUUCACUUAACGUGGUUAAACGUUUUUCUGACAAUUUUCACAUUGGACAGAAAGCAACCAACAAUGGUUUGAAUUUGCACUCAUUUUGCUUUAUAUUAAACAAAAAGCAGUUACGAAUCCUAAAUAAAAAUGAAGUUGAAAUUUCAAAAA